ACCGAUGGGUAUUUAGGAGAGAAGACGAACCACAACAAAAGAAGGAAAAAAUAUAAAAUGUUGAAGUCCCUGGCUACGAUUGAGGGAAACCAACAGCCUCAGCUGCAGUUGCUCUGGGAGGAUAAGGAAGUCAAGUUCGAUGUCCCGCAAUUGCACAAAAACCUUCGCAGCGGCGAACGAGUUCUUGACUACAUUUACCACAUCGAAGACAGCAAAGGAAAUCCGGGGGACACGGGACGUCUGAUGGUAACCAACCUGAGGAUUAUCUGGCACUCACUGGUCCACAAGAAGUACAACCUUUCCAUUGGGUAUGCCCGGAUUGGUAACACCAACACUCGAGUAGUGCACAUGCACUCCAAGGCAAAGAUAGCCAGUCAGGCCCUCUACAUCCUCGCAAUUAGCAAUGAGACUCGAUUCGAGUUCCUUUUCACCGACGUAUCAGGGGAAACGUCCCGACGUGAUCAACCCAUCUUUGCCAGCGUUUUCGAUGUGUAUCAUCUAUAUCAACGCACUUAUCUCUACCGCGACCUGAAGCUACGCGGAGCCAUUGUCCAAGCUGGUCAAUUGGUGAUUCUGCCAGAUGAGCAGGUUUACAGUCAGGUGCAGGGCGUCUGGAACUUGUCUAGCGAUCAAGGAAACCUGGGUAGCUUCGUGGUGUCCAACAUUCGACUGGUUUGGUUUGCAGAUGCCAACGAGACCUUCAACAUAAGUUUGCCAUAUCUGCAAAUUGAAAGUCUUCGCAUCCGCGAAUCCAAGUACGGUCCUGCCCUAGUAAUCCAAACUGCAGAAACAGGAGGCGGAUAUGUACUGGGCUUUCGGAUCGAUCCAGCCGAGCGCCUGAACGAGCUCUUCAAGGAGCUCUGCUCGCUGCACACAAUCUACGGCGAACAGCCCAACUUCGGAAUCCAAUACAACGCUCAAGAUGCCCGACAGCGAUUGGCGGAGGCGGCUGAGGAAGCUGCUCAAGCCUCCCAGUUCAAGGUAGAUAACUUCGAGGAGCUGGAUGAGCGGCAAGAGCGCGAGAUUAACACUAAACUGAAUAGCUACCUCGCCGAAGGCUGCUUGGGAAAGACUCGAAGUGGGUCUAGUCAGGAGGAAAGGGAUCCGGUUUACUGCAAGGAGCUGGGAUUUGCCAUGGAGCCAAUUCGGGAUGGCUACAAGUUACAGGACCUGUGGAACGUCCUGCCUACCAAAAUGGAAACAAUGGAAUGAGUUAGAGGGUAUACUAACAAAAGAAUUACAGCUUUAUCAUAAUUAUGGCCUGACUAAGGGAAAUAUUUCUAUGAAGAUAGAGGUAUUACCUUUAAAAUAAGAUGCAAAGGUCCAUAUAAAUAAAACUAAAGAAAUAUUU